AUGUCUCUGGAGGACCCGUUCUUCGUGGUGAGAGGUGAGGUUCAGAAAGCAGUAAAUUCAGCACGUGGGCUAUACCAGCGCUGGUGUGAGCUGCUUCAGGAGACACAUGUUGGCAGCAAAGAGGAAUUUGACUGGACGACAAAUGAACUCCGCAACAGUUUGCGCAGCAUUGACUGGGACCUGGAGGAUCUGGAGGAAACCAUUUGCAUUGUGGAAUCAAACCCUCGUAAGUUCAAAAUUAAGCCUUCCGAGGUAGCAGCCCGGCGUGCUUUCGUCACAGAGAUGCAGGGAUCUGUUAAGGAAAUAUGGGAUCACAUAUCCAGUCCAACAGCACAAGCCAUUUUGGAGAAGAAAAACAGAGAGAUGCCAGUGGGGAGCAGCGAACGAUAUCGGCUCUUGGAUGCAGAAGGACUCUCAACAGUCGAUUUGCGUGCUCUAGAAGAGCAGCAGUUGCAUCAGAAGCUGAUCAUGGAUGCCCAGGAUGAGCAGCUGGAGCUGGUCUCCGGCAGCAUCCGAGUGCUGAAACACAUGUCAGGGCGGGUCGGAGAGGAGCUGGACGAGCAGGCUGUGAUGCUGGAAGACUUUGCUCAUGAGAUGGACAGCACUCACAGUCACAUGGACGGAGUGCUCCUAAAGAUGGCCAGAGUCUCGCACACAACCUUGGACCGGCGUCAGUGGUGCAUCGUAGGCGUGUUGCUCGUCGUUGUCAUGGUGGUGCUGAUUCUCUUGUUCACGUUGUGA